AUUCAGUUAUAUCGAAAUUAAAUGAAGCAAGAAUUACCACCACCUCCGCCUAUUCCACCAAAUUUUAUUCCGGCGAAAGUCAACGAGUCAAACCGCCGUCCAAUGGCCAGGCGUGAAUUGGGCACUAAAGGUCAAAGGAUCUCUCUGUUGACCAACCAUUUCAACGUGAAACUAAGCAGGACUAACGACCACUUCUAUCAAUAUAGUGUUGCGUUAUUUUAUGAAGAUGGAAAUCCAAUCGAGGCAAAAGGGAUCGGAAGAAAAAUACUCGAUAUGGUUCAUAAAACCUACGAAUCUGAAAUGGGCGGGAAAGGAUUUGCGUAUGAUGGUGAAAAGACUCUUUUUACCGUUGGUUCUUUACCUAGAACUAAGCUCGAGUUCAAUGUUGUUUUGGAGAAUGCCGCAUCAAAUAGAACUAUCCGAGGUGGAAGCCCAAGUGAUGGAGAAACAAAGAGAUCGAGGCGUGUGCCUCAGUCAAAGCAAUUUAAGGUGACUAUAAGUUAUGCUACAAAGAUCCCGAUUCAAGCCAUUGUUAAUGCGCUUCAAGGUCAUGAUUCUGAGCAAUUCCAUGAAGCUGUUAGGGUUUUAGAUGUUCUUCUUAGACAACACGUUGCGAAACAAGGUUGUCUUCUGGUUAAACAGUGUUACUUCCAGAAUGACUCACGAAACUUUAUAGGAAUUGGAGGUGGUGUUGUGGGGUGUAGGGGUUUUCAUUCUAGUUUUCGUGCCACUCAAUCUGGUUUGAGUUUGAACAUGGAUGUAUCGACUACAAUGAUUGUGAAGCCAGGGAAAGUUGUGGACUUUCUUUGUGAGAACCAAAAUGUUCGUAACAUUAGGGAGAUUGAUUGGGUGAAGGCUAAAAGAAUGCUCAAGAAUUUGCGUGUCAAGACCUUCCCCUCUAAUCGUGAGUACAAAAUUAUUGGGUUGAGCGAGAAAACAUGUAGAGAACAAAUGUUUUCAAUGAAACAAAAGAAUCAAAGAGAUGGAAAUAGCCCAAGUGAGACAAUUGACAUAACGGUGUUACAAUACUAUGCUGAUCAUCACGGAAGACGCCUUGAAUACUCUGUUGAUUGCCCAUGUCUUGAUGUUGGAAAACCAAAGCGACCAGUUUAUAUCCCACUUGAGUUGUGUGAAUUGAUUUCCCUACAACGAUACACCAAGGCUUUGUCUAAUCUACAAAGAGCUUCACUUGUUGAGAAGUCAAGACAAAAGCCUCGUGAUCGAAUGGCAGCAUUGACUGGUGCACUGAAUCAAAAUAACUAUGGUGCUGAUCCUCUUAUUAAUGCCACUGGGAUUACAAUCAGUACCACUUUCACACAAGUUGAGGGUCGAGUUUUGGAACCUCCAAAAUUGAAGUUCGGGAGAGGUGGGGACAUGGUGCCACGUGGCGGUCGAUGGAACUUCAACAACAAGACACUUAUUGAGCCAAAAAGGAUCGCCAAUUGGGUUGUAGUCAACUUUUCUGCACGAUGUGACAUGGAUGCCCUUAAGAACAACCUCCGCAUUUGUUGUCAAGCAAAAGGAAUCGAACUUGAUCCACCACAUGGUGUACUCGAUGAGAACCCUCAAUUCAAACGUAGUCCUGCUCGUGUUCGUGUUGACAAAAUGUUUGAAGCAAUAAAAAAGAGACUUCAGGGCCCACCUUAUUUUAUUCUAUGCAUCCUCCCUGAACGAAAGAAUUCAGAUAUCUAUGGUCCGUGGAAGCGAAUAUGCCUUGUUGACCAUGGGAUUGUCACACAAUGCAUUGCCCCAACUAGGAUCAACGACCAGUAUGUCACAAACGUGCUUCUCAAGGUCAACGCAAAGAUGGGUGGAAUAAACUCUUUGUUGUCAAUGGAGUUUGCAAAUGCUAUACCAUUGGUGUCACGGACUCCCACGAUAAUCUUUGGGAUGGAUGUCUCUCAUGGGUCACCUGGACGUGCGGAUGUUCCUUCAAUUGCUGCUGUUGUAAGCUCAAGGAAAUGGCCUCUAAUUUCGCAAUACAGAGCAUCUGUUCGUGCACAAUCUGCAAGAGUUGAGAUGAUUGAUGGUUUGUUUAAGCCUAUUUCUCAUGAUAAAGAUGAAGGAAUGAUAAGGGAGCUGUUGGAUGACUUCUAUUUAAGCACUCCAAAGUUGAAACCGAAGAACAUAAUCAUAUUCAGAGAUGGUGUAAGCGAAUCACAGUUUAAUCAAGUGCUCAACAUCGAACUCAAUCAAAUCAUUGAAGCGUGUAAGUUCUUGGAUGAACAAUGGGAUCCGAAGUUUUUGUUGAUCGUGGCACAAAAGGCUCAUCACACAAAGUUCUUCCAAGCCAAUUCAGAAGCUAACGUUCCUCCAGGAACAGUGGUUGAUAAUAAAGUUUGUCAUCCUAAGAGCAACGACUUCUAUUUAUGUGCACAAAAUGGACCGAUUGGUACUACACGACCUACGCAUUACCAUUUGCAAGAGCUUGUUCAUUCGUUAUCCUAUGUGUACCAAAGGAGUACAACUGCUAUAUCUGUAGUUGCUCCGAUCUGCUAUGCUCAUUUGGCGGCAGGACAGGUGGCGCAAUUUGUUAAGUUUGAUGACAUGUCGGACACCACAUCUAGUCAUAGUGGCGGUGGUGGUGGUGGUGGUGGUGGUGGGUUCACCCAACUGCCCAAGCUUCAUAAAAACGUAUGGAGUUCUAUGUUCUUCUGCUGA